GGUGUGUCGUAACGUGGAGACACAGACAUCUGGAGGAGGGGCCCCUACGGAUGGGACAGGGGGAGAGAAGAGAAAAGUUGAGAAGCCUCCCAUUGCUGAUCCAAUAGCCGAUCCCACAGCCUCCCACAGCCACCCAUAGCCUCCCACAGCUCUACCUUAUGAAGGAAGGGAAGCGUCAGUCUAGCCCGGUAGUCCCGACCGGUUCAGGGCGGGGAGCCUGUACUUGUUGACAACGUGUUCGUCGGUUCGAGAUCCUCGGCUUUGAAGAAGAGUUUAGAGCCGAGCUCAGCCCUGCAGCGAGGAGAGACGGGCAGUGCGCUGGAGGGAUCUGGAUCAAUAGCCUACUCUGGAUUAGAGAUUUCGACCGUGUCAGAUGAGCGGUCGGGGCCCCCCGAGUCCACAGAGGAGAGCUCGUCCAGCUGGAGCCCACCCGGUCCUGCCUGGAGCCCACCGCCGCUCUUGUGUCUCUGAACCGCGGUGCGUUCUGCAGUAGGACGCCGCCGACCCUUGGCUCACGGCCGGCGAACCGGAUGGAUUUCAGAUAAAGCCCUCAUCGCCAGUUGGAACCACAUCCUCCCCUCAACACCCCCCCCCCCACCCCCCUCCCCGUCCCUGAUCCACGCCCCAGCAUGGCAGACCCCACGGGGCCCGGUCUGGAGGGGUCCGGGGCCGGCGUGGCGGAGGUGGACAUCUGCAGCCUGGAGCCCGAGAGGAACUACGAGGUCAUCCCGGCGGUCAUCUGCUCCAUGUGCUGCCUGUUCGGGAUCAUCUACUGCUUCUUCGGUUACCGCUGCUUCAAGGCGGUGAUGUUCCUGUCGGGUCUGAUGUUCGGCUCGGUCAUCAUCUUCCUGCUGUGCCACAAGGAGCGGGUGCUGGACACCCAGCUGAGCGUGGAGGCCUCGGCGGGCAUCGGCCUGGGCAUAGGCCUCCUGUGCGGCCUGGUGACCAUGCUGGUGCGCAGCGUGGGCCUCUUCAUGACCGGCCUGCUCCUGGGCCUGCUGCUGGCUCUGGCCGGCCUGCUGGCGGCGCAGCAGUUCAUCGCGCCGCCCACCACGGUGUGGGUGCCCCUGGGCUCCCUGCUGGGCACCGGCAUGCUGUUCUCGGUGCUGACGCUGCAGUGGCAGAAGCCCCUGACGGUGCUGUCCACGGCCGUGUUCGGCGCCGCCAUCAUGACGGUGUGCGCCGACUACUUUGUGGAGACGCUGACGCUGACGCUGCACGCGUACGGCGUGCUGCGGCUGGCGCCCGGCCCGCCGCUGUGCUGGUACAGCUGGGUGGUGCUGGGGGUGUGGCCGCUGCUCAGCCUGAUGGGCGUGCUGGUGCAGUGGAAGCUGACCGACGCGGGGUACUCGCACACCGAAGUGGUGAUCAGCCGCCGGCAGAAGCGCGUGCAGCUGAUGCGGAUCCGGGAGAAGGAGGCAAGGAAGCGGCAGCAGACAGGUGGGCAGGAAGGAACGUACCGCCGCAAAGCCCCCCCGGUCAAACGUUACGCCGGGGACCUGCUGGCGCCGAGCUACCUGCAAAGUCUGCGGGACCGGCAAAGCGGUACCGGGACAUCCCUUAGCAGCCUGGGGGCCACCAACCACAGCAUGAUCGACAUGGACUACGACACGGGCUCCACCGCCCCCCUCACCGCCACCACCCCCGUGGUGCGGGUCUGACCCCCCCCCACCGGGCCCCCGCCACGCCCCCACCCCCACCACCAACCCCCGUGGUCCGGGUUUGAAGACCCCCCCCAUCUGGCCCCUCACCACCCCCAACCCUGUGGUCCGAGUCCUUACCCCCCCCCCACCGGGCCC